GCUGCUGCAGGCUUCCUCCCUUCAUCCCUCCAUCCUCCCCCACCUCCCACUCCGCAUCCCUCCCUCCUGCAUCCUUGCCUCCUGCAUCUCUCCCUCCUGCAUCCCUCCCUCCUGCAUCCCUCCCUCCAUCCCUCCCUCCUUCCCUCCCUCUGCCUGCACAGAGCCGCGGACAUGGCGCUCAGCAAUUUCCUCUUCGCUCAGUGCAUCUGCUACUUCCUGGCCUUCCUCUUCAGCUUCAUCGUGGUGGUGCCACUCUCCGAGAAUGGCAACGACUUCCACGGCCGGUGCCUGCUCUUCACGGAGGGCAUGUGGCUCAACGCCAACCUGACGGUGGAGAAGCAGCGCUUCACCGUGCAGGAGUGGGGGCCCGAGGCUGCCUGCCGCUUCAGCAUCUUCACCGGGCUCCUCUCCCUGCUGCUGGCCACGGUGCAGGCCUGGAGGACCCUCUUCUUCCUCUGCAAAGGGCACGAGGACUCUUUCUUUUAUGCCUUCCUGAAUCUGCUGAUCAGCGUCUUUGUGGUGUUUAUCACGUUUAUUGCUAGCACUAUAGUGAGUGUAGGAUUUAACAUGUGGUGUGAUGCAAUUACUGAAAAAGGAAGCAUGCCAAAUAGCUGUGAAGAGUUACAGGAUAUAGAUCUUGAACUGAACUUAGAAAACUCUGCUUUCUACGACCAGUUUGCUAUUGCACAGUUUGGUCUCUGGGCUGCCUGGCUGACUUGGCUGGGAAUUACCAUUCUGGCUUUCCUGAAGGUUUAUCACAACUACAGACAGGAGGACCUGCUAGAUAGCCUGAUCCAUGAGAAGGAGCUGUUACUAGGAAGAUCCUCUUCACGAACCUCUUUGCAAGAUGAGAAAAGUGGCAUGAUCUAAAGUGUAAGCAAAUUUCCAGGGCAGGAUCUAGAUUUUAUUAUUCAGUAGCGUGAGCUGAAAUUGAGUCAGGGUAUUGAGUGUGUGAGAUCUUUUCUUUCCUGAAGGGAGAUGUACUUGUGAAUCACCCACUUCCUCCAUGAGAAAUUGUUGGUAGAAAUACUUUUAUUAGGAUACAGAGAACGAAUGGCCCCAUGUGCCGUUGGCACAGUAAACUUUCUGUCCUGCCCAGGCACAAUCUGUAACCUGCUCUUGCCAGAUGAGCUCCUACGUGCUGUCACUGGCUUUUGGGGAAGGGUGUUGUUUUUGCGGACUUGUGCUGGCAAGACCAGGCUACAGAGCUAAGGCUAUUUCUUCAAACUAUUCUGCAACAACGGUUGUAACUGGGGGUGGGUCCAGUCCCUCUCCUUUCCCUCUCCUCCCUUUUCCCAGUAAAGCCGCGUCUAUUCUCACUUCAUUCUGGGUAAUUGCAGCUCUGGUCCAGGUACAGGCUCUUGCUGUCUCUGCUUUUGCUAUGUGUGGACACAGUGCUGACAAACCUGCUGCUCCUGCUCUGAUUCUGAUUUCAUGUAGAACAUAGAGACCUGUGUUCCAGACUUGAUAUAUAAUAUUGGACGUGUUAAUGAAUUUCAUGAAACCACGAAAUUAUUACAUUACCUGUCAAAAACUGUUUAUCAUUUGGAAAGAUGGUGGAGGAUUUUUGUGGUUUUGUUUUUUUUCUAGAUUUUGGCAUGACCAAUAGUUAUUAUGACUACUGAAGUGUAGUGUAGCUAGCAAUUGCUGAGGCUUGCAUUCUAAGAAAUUAGGCUCAGUAGGUAGUAUUAAUGCUUGUGCAUUUAUAAAAUGUAACUUGGUCCCUAACACUGCAUACUAUUCAGUUUUGAGUAUUAGAAUUUACUUGUGAUAUUUAUUUCAUAUAGGGUGUGGAAAAUUACUGUAAACAUUUGCAUUGUAGGUAUCUCUAUAUAUCUAUGAACAUAGCAAGGAGCUUGAACAGCUGAGUUAUUUUAUAGGCAGUUCAGUGUUGAAUGGGUCUGUUCUCCCCAGUCAUGGGCAGGAGUUCCAAGGCUGACAAAUUUUGCUGUGAAAAGGGAGAACUGUUAUUUUCAUAAAGCUCACUAAUGACUUCAUUGUUGCGUUCCGUUUUGCUUGGCUAGUGCUUCAUCUAAUAAGGUGGAUGGUUGAGAUGAGUGGAUCCGGUAAUUAAGGAGGGUCGCUCUGAUGAGUGUGGGAUGUGCAUGGCAGAGAAGUAAAGUUGUACUACAACCAAGCAGCUAUCCCUGGGCACACAUUACACAGAAGAUCCCAAUUCAGCAGAAAACUUCAGCAAGAAGUUCAGUUUAGUUUGAAAAAGAAUGUUUGUGAUUACAGACAGUGCCCGUGGCAGCUGUUUUUGAGUUGAGACUCAAAUUAUUGCAGCAUGAGUGCAAACCAUGCAUAUCUAUAUUGCCUGGUAAAUAAGGCGGCUGGGGAGAGAAGAGAGCAGGCUUCAGAGCUCAAGCCUGCAGCUAGCACAGCCAGAUUUACUGUUGUCUUCUGGGGAUGAGCUGGUUCUUGAAGUUAAGUACCUGCUUAAGCGUUUGGUUGAAACAGAAUUUGAAGGCAGAACAAAUCCCUGAAUUUGUAAGCAUUUAGGGCAUAAAAUCUGACGUUACAUUUAAUAGCCAAAUUCCCAUAGGUUUAGGGGAAAAAACCCUCCAUGGGCUGUAAGCAGUGAGCUGGUCCUGUGAACAUUGUUUAUAGACCCAGCUGGCCACAGCUAUCUGUAGAGAGAUCUCGUUUUUCAGCAUGAUUUCUGCCCACAAGGGAAUGCAAUUCCCCUGAAAGCUUUACAGCGGUGGCUUUUUUUUGCAAUUGUGAAUUGACAUCAAAGAAGGAGUUCCUGAAGGGGGAAUUGGAGAUCGAGUUAGUUAAUACCAACUUAAAACUCAGAGAUCAGGACUGUUGGAGUGCAUUUUUUUGUUUGUUUGGUCUAAUAAGAGAUACACUCUUGCAGGUAACUAAGCCCUUUUCCAGGGCACGACCUUCCUCUUCAUACCCUGAAGAAGGGCUUGGGUGCUGAAAGCUAGCCUGCUUCCUAUAUUUCCCCAGUUGUUUCUCCAACUACAAAAGACACUACUUCUCCUUCUACUCUCACUUUGAAUUUAAGAUUCAGCAAUCAUGUCUCUUCCCACAAACUACUUCAGUGCAUGCCUUACUCCUCACGUGGAACCAUGCUGCUGCUUUAUAUAAUAUAUUUUAUGUAUGUGCCAGAUCAGGCUUAGGCUGAAGUAACAUGUGGGUUGGGACCACUGUUCCUGGUCUUGCCUGGGGCUUUGGAGAACCAGGGGGGCAGAAGAUAACAAGUGUCUCCUCCUCAACCUUGCUCUGAGAUACGAGGGCUCAAGCCUUGUCUCUGGUUCUGAGGAGGAAGAAGAUGCUGCACUUCGGUGAGGUUGUCUGGAGCUGAUACUCUCUUCUACCUCUCUUUUCUCCUGUCUUGGAGUCUUUUCCUCCUUUCCACUUCCAUAAGAAGUGGCAAACACUGGUCCUGGGGUUUCUACUCUUGUUGACGUUUGUGGUUAGUACUUUCACUGGCAUUUGUCUCCCUGACCAUCUCCCUGACACUAUCUUUAUUGCUCUGCAGCUCAAUAGACAAAAAGUGGGAUCUUUAAAGCACCUGGGGCAGCCAAGAUCCCUCCUCCAAGUAAAAGCCAAUAGGAACAAAAUACUUCAGCCUUUGGAAAGUCCAUCCCAACACAAGUACAUGUGCAGACUCACUCAUUAACUUUGGCAUAAGAGCUUAGCCUCUCUAAUUCAUCUACCUGGGUGAAUCCUUCUAAUCCCAGUUGCAUUUCAGUGCCCAUGAACGCAAGCAUCUUGGCUGUUGGAGUUGGCAUGUAAACUGAAAAGAAGCUGAGGCUCUUCUUUGAGUCCCACACACAUCCCAGUCUCUUUUCCUCAGCCACCCUCACUUGACCAGGUGGGGUGAGGCUGUCACCCAGCUUGCAAACAUCAGUGAUGCUUAGAAGCAAAACUAAUUUUGAAGGAAGCCCCUGGGCAGGUGAGAAGGCAAAGGAUAUAGUGAGAAGCUCGCUGGCUGACUCAAGGGGAGGAAGGGUAUCGUGCAACACCCGGUUAUUGGAACCAGUUGUGCUUUUUUGUUUGCGUUUAGCUUUCUGCAACCUCUUCUCCUAGAGCUUGGACACUCAGGCCAAGCUGGUGAUGCCGGGCUGAAAAUGUGCUAAAAUAGUGGUAUUAUUUAUACACACAUACCUACAUACAUACCUGUGCUUUCUCUCACAUGCAUCUCUCUUUUGUACUUUUCUGACCACUGCUUUUAGUCAUCCAUUGCCAACCAGUGCAGCGUGGCUGCAGUAGGAGUUUCUCUGAGUCAAAUGUUGCAUUUCUGCUGUAUUUCAAUGCCUUCUUCAAUUUGCCAUCUUCAAAAGCAGGCCUCUAGGAACACUCCAGCAAGAGUUUUAUUCAAAGAACUAGAAGCCUGUGUGGUAUUUAUACGUGUAUUUAUUUAUUGUUACAGGGUGAAAGGUGAAAAAGCUUUGUGGCCUUUGCCCAUGCGGCCCCUCCGGCUGCUGCCCGUCGCAAAGCUGUGAGCCAUUCUGGGGGAGAAUGUGAGAUGCAGUUGUUUAGGCACCAUGUUCCCAGUGAUGCUAAAACCACAAUCAAAAGGUUUUGGCCUGUGAAAAUUGCUAGUAACACAGGGAGAGACUUACUUGGUCGGAUGCAACUGGAUGUUCCUUUCUGAGGCACCAGGGUGUCACCACACAAUUAUUCUGCUAUAUCGAAUAUAUUCCCCGCAUCCUGGCUACCAUCCGUGAUUAAUUUCCCUGCCAAUUCCCUGCCAGCAGUCCACAUUGGGUUAGAAAAGUCUGAGCUAACAAGUGUCACCUGAGCUUUUAGAUCAACGGUGUUUAUUAUUAUUUUAUAUUCUCCAUUAUUUUAUAAUGGAGAAAAAAUUUAAGCCAUUUUUUUGGCAUAAAAUUUCCUCAUGAGGGCACAAAUGCUCAUAACUUCUUAUUCCAUACACUCAUGAGGCAUCUUUCAGCUGUGAACUUUCAAUAGUAAUCAUAAAAAUAAGAACAUGAUGAUUUACUUUAAAAGCUGAAGGACAUGUGCAUACUAUGGCAAUGUGUCUCUGGUCCCUUAGAAAACUGUUUGUUUUAAUAACUAGUGAUGGAUACGGGAGUAUAUAGACCUUGUCAUGAAAGUACUCGGUGUCAGGGAGGUGGUGUAUGUGUGUAUGUACGAUGUACGCAGAUAUAUGCCAGAAAUAAUUCCACUGCUCUUCCAUGAAUAUAUAUAUGGAUAUAUGCUUUUAACAGGCAGCUCAGGUCGGAGUGGUUGUUAGGUUGCCUUAACUUUCUACACUGCCUUUUUCUUACUUAAUAUUAGGAUCUGUGCAAUGAUACAGAGGUUAUGAUAGCCAGAGGUAGAUAUGGAUGUGAUGUGAGCGGAGUAGGAAGGCACUGGCCAGUGCACAGUUUCCCAAGGGCUGAGAUGGGUUUCUAAUGGGGGUUUGCACAUGUUUUAACUUCUCCCCUGUCCCUGGUUGAUGUCCUGAUGUUAGCCUGUAUUAGUCCUGUUGGGAACAGAGAGUCACAUUUCCCUUCAAGGCCUUCCCUCGUCAACAGCAAACGCUGUUGAUUUAACCUAUGUAGCAUUCAGGAUGGACGCAGAGCUGAAAGGAACAGAAGCACACACUUUACAGUUAUAUUGCAUGAGCAAGGGGUACUUUUCCCCUGAUUCAGGAAUUCUGCACCAUGGACUCCUAAAUGACCGGUGACCCUGGCAUGCACAUGUUCCUGUUAUUAGUUCACUUAAAAUACAGACAUGAAGGCGAGAAACACAACAUACUUUGAUAGGAGUGUCAAUCCUUUGAUUGUCUUCUGCAACACAGUACAGUAUUUUGGCUCUAAACCGCCAGCAUGUCUUUUUGUAAACAGUAAUUUAUUUCCUUUUAGAAAAGGUCAGGUGACAAAGGGUAAAAAAGAUGUAUUUAGAAUACAGUUAUUUAGUAACAGGAGUUUAGAUGUGAGAAUUCGUUUGAAAACUUAUGUAUUGUCUUAAUUGUUGGAGAAGCUCAAGCAGAUCUUUGGUGCAGCAAGUUAGUGUGUAGCUCUUGAGGGACAGAAGGGCUAAGCUGAUUUAUGGUGUCUGAGAAUCUAACCCUUUGUAUUUAAAGCAACCUGAAAAGUCAUCUUACUUAGUAAAACAUGCACUUGUCCUGUAUUUUCUUUUCUUCUAAAUCCCCAAUGUAAAUAGUGGGUUAGAAAUCCCUAGGCUGUGUCAUUCCCUGAAAUGGAGAGCUAGACUGGACAAACUGAUUCCUGGUUUGAGGACUUUGCAGUUUCUAAGUGCAAAGGUUGUUGCACGUGAAAUGCAUGAAUAGUUGAGGGAGGACACACAGGAUUGCCCUCGACACCUGAAGGCUCUCAUCAGUGAGAUACAAAGCCGUGCUUCACCUGCAUUUGUCCUCCAGAAUCUUUUUGUCUUUGUUGCUUAUUGGUCCAAUCUCAAUUGUUUGCACCUCAUACAACUUAGCCCUUAGGCUGAUGGUUGGAGACCAAAAUUCAGAAUGGAUGUUGGCUGCAUGUGCAAGAAAGUACACGUAAACCUGGUGUUUGGGUGAAUGUAGCUUUUAUCAUCUCCUUUCUCCAAAGCCCCCCACCUCAAACAUAUUGCAUGUAAAAUCACAUUUACUAUUUAAAUGAUAAAUUUAACAAAACUCCAGACAGUCAUUCAUACUGGCAAGACUUAGGGCAUUUUGUGACAAGGCAAUGUGGAUUUUCACAACACUUUUGUCUUUUCUUCCAAAUCAAUGGCCUGGGUGUGAACAUCCUUGAGCUAAUGGGAAUCCUGUCUGUAUCCAGAUCCUAAAUUUGUGCCUCAGACCAUUUCCUUUGCUGAUGGAAAUAGCCCAUUUUUAUCUCAGUGGAAUGUUUGCUUUGGAGACCAUGAAUGUCCUUUCCUUAUGUUUAGGCAAUCUGGGAAGAGAGGCAGAUUUUGCCUGGCUAGUUUCCACACCUGCAUGCUCAUAUGCUGUCAUGUGCACUGAAAUUGUUUUAGAAUUAUUUCUGUUCAUGGUCCUAAUGUCUUGAAGUGCAUGUUUCUAUUUUUGUCCUCUGUAAGAAAGAGGAAAACUAACCCGAGCUCUAUUUUAGUAUUCUCAGACACACAUCUAAAAUUUUUAAAAAAUUUUUCGAAAUGACAAAAUUAUACGCAAUAAUUUAUGAAGAUAAGAGCUGCAUGGAAGACAGCGCUUUGAUGUACUCCUGAUGUAGAAGGGAAAAACACAACUGCACUCUCUCAGAAAACCUAACAUUUGUUUCUGAGAGGUUAGACAGUAAUUUACUUAAUAUAUAGCAAGUACUGCUUGUUUCAGUGCAGGCACAUAAUUGAGAGCGUCUUUCCAUUCUGUUAUUGGGAAGAGUAUUUACACAGCAAUGCUUUCUCUUUAGUUUCUCUUGUCCAUGCCAAAGAGUGUAAUUGAAUUGCUAUUGCAAACAUAGAUAAACGUGAAUGUGUUCACCUGAGCGCUUAAACUUUUCUACCUCUCAUAGCUGCUCUAACUGCUCGAACUGCUUGAACUGGUAUUGCACACAAUAAUCAAAAGAACUGAAUCCAUGUAAGAGUCUAAAUCCUAUUUUCAUAGAUAGCUAAAAGAUUUAGGAUUUGACUCUUAUCAGCUUCCUGUUAGGUUCUUGUCCCUAAAAAUCGGGCAUAGGCACCCAAGAAGUGCUGUAUGAAUAGUGCUUUUGAUUAGUCAAAUAAUGAUUUUAUUUUGGUUUGGGUUGGUUUUUUUCCUAUUUCUUUUUCUCACCAAAACAAAAAGCCCGCAGCUGUGAUUUGUUAGACAUGGAAGGUUAUAUGUUACCUGAAAAUCUGCAUUUUACGUGGGGAGCAGGAAGCAAUGAGCUCCUUCUUAAAAUGCUUACUGCAGGGGGGUUGGACUAGAUGAUCUUUAAAGGUCCCUUCCAACCCAACACAUUCUGUGAUUCUACGAUUCUACACCUGUAAUGGUCAUUCCCCAGCCCUCCCUGCUGGCAGGCAACCACAAGGCACAGGUCCCCCUCUGCCUUGGGAGACAGAAUGCUCCCACCAUGGUGUUGUCCUGGAUUCCCCUCAAAUCCUCCUGCUGGAGAUUUUCUACAUGGCUUGAAAUUCCUAAGUAACAAUGUUUUAGCCUGGUGGUUCUGGUGUUUAUGAAGGAGACAAAGUACUUGGCAGGAAGAGCUGCUCACUGAAAUAGCUUCAAUUAUUUAUAUAUGGUGGAAACCCAAUUUGAGAAGCUUUUGUUCCCCUUUUCCACUUGAUUAUGUUGUAAAGUGAGGGUUGAGACUACCUGCCAGAGGUGGGAAUGAAGAGUCACCGUUGCUGUUGACCUCCUGGGUGAUUUCUCACACAAGUGAACAAACAGUUGUGUGACAAAACUACUCUUUAUCUACUUUAUUUUCCCCUUGUUUCCCCUCACAUUUGGGCAAGUUUGACUCCAGUUUGUAUAUAGAUUCUGAAGAGUAUUUAUGCUUGUGAGAAAAAUUGGAGUUCCUAUGGCAAACUUCACCUUUUGUCAAAAAGCAAGAAAAAAUGUGGCAGAUUUUCCCUCUUCUCACUUGUGCUCUCUGAGGUGUGACAUCAAAUCCUUCCCUUUACAUGUGCCAGGCCUGAUUUGAAUGACAUGUUACUCUAGGAGGUUCCCAAGGCUGAUGCCACCAGUCCCUUGAGGAAGCUGGUGGAUUUAGAUGAGAGCUAUCUUAAACCAUAGAUUUUAAGGCGGGGAAACAUUUGAAAAUCAUCUGUCAUGGUAUGCCAUAUAACACAGUCCAGAACUCUUCCCCAACUCACUCGGGCAACAGAGGGAAUUAUUUUUCCCUGUUAACACUGUGAAGUCCAAUAGUUUGUGUCUGAAAUACAGCACAUCUUCCCGCAGCACACUGGAUCUUGAUUUUCUCAGUUAACCCUUUCCAGUUUCCAGGCUGCUGCAACAGUUGUAACCAUCAUUGUUAAAACAGUGUUCAACAUUUGACUUCAAAAGGUGCCAAUAGCCUCAUUAAACCACAGACUUCUGGAGUUGCCAGCAGUCCUUCUGCUACAUGAUGCCAAGAAGCUCCGUGCUGAACAGCAUCCUCCCAGGGGGAGGACCACUGCAUUGGGGUCUACAGACAGCACAGAAUGAUGGCAUGAGAGCAAUUCUGGUCAAACACUCUCUGAAUAAAACUAUUGCUAUUUUUCAGCCCAAGCUACACAACUGAGAAAUCAAUAUAUUGUGAUCUGAAGUACACUUCUAAGAAAUUUUUGAAGGUUUACAAACAAAACAAACCAACAACAACAAAAAAAUCAACAGUUCCACUGACAUCUGCUUUCCCUGGAUCCUUUAAUCUCCAAAAAUAUUCCUUCAAAUGUCACAGAGGGUUUUAUUGCCAUCAAGCUGAUCAGGCCUUAUUUCUCAUUUCUCUUCCUAUUGGGGACAAGGACUGCUGAGAGGGACAGGAGAGUGACAUAAAUCAGAAUAGAAAUAGGUAGUGGGGAGAACCAUUACUGCAUUUGCUACGAGGGAUUUUGACUUUCAGGCUGUGAUGUGAGGGACCCAGCAUGGCAGUGCCUACACUGGCAGCGCUGACACCAAUUUCAGCCCCAACCUGCUGAUGUGGCUUCACAAACUGCAGAGCAUCUCCUCGAAGCAUGUGGUUGCCUAAACUCGGCUUCUGGAGAGAGCUACCUGUGUCAGGUGUGCAGAUAUCUAGUGUAAAGGCGCUGGCAUUGCCACCAGGUUUGGAGGGGCUGCUUUGGAAACCUCUUCUUUCCACAUUGGCAGACCCAAAUACCCUACAGCUGGCCCUUUGCCCUGUGCAGCUUGUGUGGGGAAGGAAAGGGCUGUUUAAAAAUCUCUGUAGACCUGACGUUUUGGAAAGGAGCUCAUUAACACCCGUAGAUUUAAAAGCUUUGGGUUUUUUCAUGUGGUACCGCCUGCAAAGGUCUGAAGCUGAUCUUUAUAAGUCAAGUGCAAAGCCUGAAAGCAUUUCAGCCUCUCUGAAAUGUGUGUCCUGUGGCUUACGUAUUCAUGAGAUACUGUCUCUACUUAUAGCCGUGUGGGAAAAGCUUUAUAUGAGUCUAGAUUAACCAUUGUGUUAUGCUGCUAAAGAGAUCCCCGCAUCAUGGGUAUUUGGGGACAAAACCGAACACUUUUUCAUAAUUUGUUUAACCGUUGAAAGCAGUAGAGGGGCAGAUCCUUCGCUGGUGUAUAUAGCUUAGCUUUGUGAGCCACGCUGGAGCCAUGCCAGUCCACACAAGCUGAGGGCAGAGCCUAUUCUGCUUUGAAUAUAUCAUCUCUUUUGAUUUGUAUGGUCUUUUGCAGUGUAAUGACUGCUGAUUUGGAGCUUUAAUUGCAUGCAUUUGACAGAAACAGAAUUGGAGUGAGGUUUAUUAUUGUUUUGAUACAGUCUCAAAAGGGAAGCUUUUUACUAGCAUUUUAAUAUAGCCCUUUGUAAACACCUAGCAAAUAAAAAUCCUGAGUCCAAUCCUCCUGCUAACGGAGUCACUGACAAAAUUUUCUUUGGCUUUAUUAGGAGGUAGACUGGGUUCAAUAUAAGUGAUACACUCUAGUGUUACUGAUAAUGAGUUAACGUGUUUUAUAUAUCGAUGCUUUUUGCUGGACAGUGCAUUGGCUUUUUAUGAUUUGGUGAUAUAUCUGAAUAAAUUAUUUGAAAAGUCAAUAUAUUCUGUGUCUGGUUUUUGAAGGUGAAUUUAAAUUGUUACAAUGUAAGACAGAAUUUUUUUCUCAAAAUCAGUGUUAACAUCCUAGUUUGUGUACUCAUUCCCCAGCAUCUCCAUGCCACAGCUUGCAUAGUCACAGAUACGGCCAACUACCUGAAGCUGCCUGAACCCUUUUGGUACCAUCGUCCAGCAGUGAACCCUAAUGCCAUAGGAGGCAAGGAGAAGGUGCUCCCACGUCAGCAUGCAGCUGAAAGGCGGCUUGUUACCAAAUGUAAAGAGGGACCACAGGCUGCAUGGGCAGGUUCAUUCUCUAAAUGCCAGCUGGUUAAUUUUCUUCAAGUAGCAUCAGCCUUUCUCUUAAGACGUGGGCCUAAAGAUUCCCAACAGCUAGCUUGGAGCGAGGAAUUAAUAAGAAACAAGUCCACACUAUUAUCUUAGAGGUUCUUGAGUUAUUCCUUGAGGGCAGCGGGUAAUACCCUUUUCCAGUCGCAUGCUGCCAGGCCUUCUGUUUGUUUUGAAGCGGCAAAAGGCAGAAAUGACAAUUAGAAUUGCUGCUGUGGGCUUCUCCUGCUCCAUUAACUUGUUUCCAGACUAACAGGUUCAGAGAGAUGAAGGGAGGGAGUGGGACUAGAGGCAGUCUUCGGGGCUGCCUUUUUCCAGGGCUAAUACUGAGUGCAUUAAAAGGUUAAUGCAAAAAAAAUCUAGUGUCAUCUCACUGUGUCCUUUUCUAUCUCCUCUAAUCGUAUGGGUAUGGCUACGCCUGCUAGUGCAAUCAGGUGUCGUUGAUGUGGUGAGGCCCUGCCUGAAGAGGCUGUUGGCAGCUGCCCUCUGUUCCCGCUGCAGGAAUUUAUUGAACGCUGUCAGAACAACACUUAACGCUGUACGGUUGUGGUCUGCUGAUUUCUUUCGCGCAUUAAUUUUGUACUCAUUGCAUAAGGGAUAUUCGUCAGCAUUUCUACCCUUAGGCCCUGCCAAUAGGCCAUUUUCAUGCAUAGUCCUCCUUCUACUCUCUUCUGGCCCUUUGACUCCUGCCACCCUAGACACUGCUCCUGGGAAGCCCACCUACUCGCUGGCUGCUUCAAAAAUUGCUGCAAGAGUCCUGUCCUCCAUCACUCCCUCUCUCAGUCCGUUAAAGCUAAAACAUGACCAUUUCCAAGCUGGAUUAAAUAAUUGCUCAGAGCUGGUUGGCUGCGAGACUCUUGACUUCUAAAGCAAUUCACCACACUGGCACCCAGCGAGAAUUCAGGUGAGCAUCUCAACUGUUUGUAAGAAAUUAUGUAGUCCUUCUCUUUUUUUACCUCUUUGUGAGCAAUUCUCUGGCUACCCAGCAAGGGAAAUAUUACCCAACAUAGCUGAUUUUGGGUAACUUCAGAGCUCCUGUCAGCUCUUCCAAACUCAUGGAUUCACAAAGACAUCACACCUAGAAAACCAGAAUUGAACAAGGAGAAAUCCCAUCCAGCUCACGGCAGUCAGGG